CGUCCAGCCGCUCAUUGACGGAAACAAGAAGGUCGUACACUUCAGCGCUGUACUGUUGUUGAGAAAUAAAGAGAUUACAACCAUGCUGGGACAAGCUGUGAGACGAUUCACCACAUCUGCUGUGCGUUCUUCACACUAUGGUGAAGGACCAGGACAGAACCUGCCAUUCUCGGUGGAAAACAAAUGGCGUCUGCUAGGAAUGAUGCUGGCGUUCUUUGGCAGUGGUUUUGCAUUGCCCUUCGUCGUCGUCAGACAUCAGAUCCUGAAGAAGUAAAAUGCCAACAUUCAGUCUUCAAGGUCAUCAGCUGGAACCUAUUUAUCCAUCAGAGUCCAAUCCCCACAGAAGAAUGGAAAUCUCUCAAUUUUAUUUGUAAAUAAAGUUUCCUCAAAUAUGAA